AUGCUGGCUCUAUUUCCUGAAAUAGAAGAAUCGACUCUCUCUGAGGAGGUUCUCGGGGAGUUGCCGGAAGUAGUUGCUGUUGUUACAGAGGAGGAACCAUGGACCCUCUACUUCGACGAUUCUUCUACAUCGAGUGGUGGAGGAGCAAAUGUGGUGCUCAUUAAUCUCGAGGGACAAGCUACGACCCUCUCAUUCAAACUAGAUUUUCCAUGCACAAAUAAUGCGGCAGAGUAUGAGGCCUUCAUUAUGGGAAUGUCCAUAGCAAGAGAGAUGGGUGUAGAGAAAAUCAAAAUUAUCGGGGACUCAAACCUGGUGCUAAGUCAAUUACAGGGGAAUUUUGCUGUGAAGGAGGAGACAUUGGCACCAUAUCGUACAAUUGCUGAAAAAAUCAUUAAUUCUUUCAAGCAAGUCGUGAUGGAACACAUUCCCAGAGUCACCAAUAGAUAUGCUGACGCUCUGGCCACAUUGGGGUCGAAGCUCUUGUUUGCCCAAGAGCAGCCCAAUAUUACUGUGAUAAAGAAGGAUAUGCCCAUAGUCGAAGCGAUGUUCCAAGGGGAGCUGCUGGAAGUAGAAGAUGAUUGGAGGAAAGCUGUGAAGGAGAAGGUUGAUCUGUGCCCACAAGGCUUGCUUUUUGGCAAGCAUUUCGAAAAGCUUAUUCAAUGUGAUCCUCGGCUCAACUUCUUAAGCCAACAGCCAGAAAUUGUGUUAGAAUCUCCAUUUUUCGAUGCUAGAGUUACAGUAUUAGGUGACCCUGAUGAAUAUGGACGUCGGUUUGGUCCAAAAAAUGAGGAGGGGCCUGCUAUAUUUGGUUUGCAGGAUUCAGCAUCACCUUCUGGAACUCACUCGCCACCGUGUAAAGAUGAACAAGAUUUUAAUGGUAGAGGUCCUGAAAAUUAUUCCCAGGAAAUUUCUUCUCCUAGCUCAGUGAUGGACACCCCUGCAAUUGAUAAAAUUGGGAGCUUUGGAGCUAAAACCUCAAAGACGCCCAGCAAUUUUAAUCAAAUGAAAGUUCCUGGACUUCCCAUGUCGAUGUCAAUGAGUGAUUUCGUAAGCCACAUUGGACAAUGCAUUUUUGGAAAGAUAUCUGGCAAGGAGCAACCUAGCAGAGAUGUUUUGGAGGAGAUUACUCAAUACUUGUUCAAUGACGCGCAACUCACCUUACCCUCAGAUGAGCAAUACGUCAUGUCAAGGGUCAACUCCCUUUAUUGCCUUUUGUAGAAGGAUGCUUCUACAACACUAAACUUGCAAGCCAAAACUGAUGACUGCUUUGAUGUAAAUGAUGAUGGGAA